AUGGAAGCAGUCAAAGGAAACGAUAAAAUCUUCAUCACCUCGGUGUAUGCUAGUCCAAACCCAAACCUCUGGAGAAACUUAUGGGAGAGCCUAGAACAAUGCCAACUGGACGAUCAAUGGCCCUGGUUUAUUAGGGGAGACUUCAACGCCACUCUCUUCUACCAUGAACGUCGUUCAAAAGCACUACACACAACGCCGCUUGAUAAGUAUUUUCUCUCUUGGAUGGAAUGCAUGAACCUGCAUGACAUAGGCUGUACCGGUCCUUUCUUUACUUGGAAACGCGAGGGGUGCGAAAGUCGAAUAGACCAAGUUCUUGGGAAUAAUAAAGCUAUGGAGAUUUUUAACGAGGCACUGGUUAGACACUUACCUUGGUUCAAAUCAGACCACCGACCUAUCCUCCUCCACAUGAUUCCGGAGAGUAAGAAAACUCUAAGAGAUCGACCCUUCCGUUUUGUUGCGUCAUGGGCUCUCCAUGAAGACUUCUCCCGUCUCACGAAGGAGGCUUGGGACCCCAACGCAAGCUGGCAGGAGAAUGUACAGGUGUUCACUGAUGAGGUAAAAAAUUGGAGCCUUAAUGUUUAUGGGCACCUGUGGAAGAAGAGAAACCGAAUCAUGGGGCGGCUGGAAGGCAUUGACAAGUCCAUGAAAAAGUUUGCCUCUUCCUCUGAUUUGGAAAGCCUCCAGUGA